CUGUCAGUCAAAUGAUUUGCUCAAAAGUUUUAUUUAUCUGUGGUUCAGCUUGCUGAAUGCCAGCAAAAAAACGUUUGUAAACGAAUUUAUUUAAUUCGAGAUUAGAAAUGUUUAUGAAUUGUGUAGAUAUCGAAAAUCGAAUAGUUACAUUUUAAAAAUAGGAAAAAGGCAAUAUGUCGAUUCCCCCAUAUUUGAUGGGUCCACCCAACCCAUGGGCCGCAAUGAUGGCCCAGCAGCAGCUUGUGGCAGCUCAUGCACAAGCCCAAGCUCAUGCUGCUGCUGCACAGGCACACGCUCAUGCUAUGCAGCAGCAAAUGCCUCCACCUCAUCCAAAACCAGACGUGAUGACUGAGGACAAGCUGCAAGAAAAAUCACAAAAAUGGCAGCAGCUCCAGUCAAAGCGCUAUGCUGAUAAACGUAAAUUAGGAUUUGUCGAGGCACAGAAGGAGGAUAUGCCACCGGAACAUAUAAGAAAAAUUAUAAGAGAUCAUGGUGAUAUGAGCAGUAGGAAAUAUAGGCAUGACAAGAGAGUUUAUCUUGGGGCUUUGAAAUAUAUGCCACAUGCAGUUAUGAAGCUAUUGGAAAAUAUGCCUAUGCCUUGGGAACAAAUACGAGAUGUCAAAGUACUCUAUCACAUAACCGGUGCCAUCACAUUUGUUAAUGAAAUUCCUUGGGUGAUAGAGCCUGUUUAUAUUGCACAAUGGGGAACCAUGUGGAUUAUGAUGAGGAGAGAAAAGAGAGAUCGUCGUCAUUUUAAGCGAAUGAGGUUUCCCCCAUUCGAUGAUGAGGAACCUCCUUUAGAUUACGCUGAUAACGUGUUGGAUGUUGAACCAUUGGAGGCAAUUCAAAUUGAGUUAGAUGCAGAUGAAGAUUCGGCCAUUGCUAAGUGGUUUUAUGAUCACAAGCCUUUAGUUGGCACUAAAUAUGUGAACGGUUCAACAUACAGAAAAUGGAAUCUCACCCUACCUAUGAUGGCCACCCUUUAUAGGCUAGGAAAUCAAUUACUCACAGAUUUGGUAGAUAACAAUUACUUUUAUCUCUUUGAUACCAAAAGUUUCUUCACCGCCAAAGCUUUGAACAUGGCUAUUCCUGGAGGUCCCAAAUUCGAACCACUGAUUAAAGAUAUGAAUCCAGCAGAUGAAGAUUGGAAUGAGUUCAAUGAUAUCAAUAAGAUUAUAAUAAGACAACCCAUUCGAACUGAAUAUAGGAUUGCUUUUCCUUAUCUCUACAAUAACAUGCCACAUUUUGUUCAUCUUUCAUGGUAUCACGCCCCCAAUGUGGUCUACAUCAAAACAGAGGAUCCUGAUCUGCCGGCGUUCUACUUCGAUCCUUUGAUCAACCCCAUUUCCCAUCGUCAUGCAGUGAAGAGCUUGGAGCCUCUACCGGAAGAUGAUGAAGAAUAUAUUUUACCCGAUAAUGUUCAACCGUUCUUGCAAGAAACUCCGUUGUACACGGACAAUACAGCUAACGGUAUUGCCCUUCUGUGGGCGCCAAGACCUUUCAAUAUGAGAUCAGGUCGCUGUAGGAGAGCCAUCGACAUCCCCCUGGUGAAAAGUUGGUACAUGGAACACAGCCCACCAGGUCAACCUGUGAAGGUACGCGUCAGUUACCAGAAACUGCUAAAGUACUACGUGUUGAACGCGUUGAAACACAGGCAUCCGAAACCCCAAAAGAAGCGUUACCUCUUCAGAUCGUUCAAGGCGACCAAAUUUUUCCAAACUACCAACAUCGAUUGGGUGGAGGCCGGCUUACAGGUCUGCAGGCAGGGUUAUAACAUGCUCAACCUCCUCAUCCACAGAAAGAACCUGAAUUAUCUCCACUUGGAUUACAAUUUCAACUUGAAGCCGGUGAAAACUCUGACCACGAAAGAGAGGAAGAAGUCUAGGUUCGGAAACGCUUUCCAUCUCUGCAGAGAAAUCCUCCGUUUGACCAAGUUGAUCAUAGAUUCUCACGUUCAAUACAGAUUGAACAACGUGGACGCUUUUCAAUUGGCCGACGGUCUGCAGUAUAUUUUCGCGCACGUGGGGCAAUUGACCGGAAUGUACCGUUACAAAUACAAACUAAUGAGACAGAUUCGAAUGUGCAAGGAUCUCAAACAUCUCAUAUAUUAUAGGUUCAACACAGGACCAGUGAGCAAAGGCCCCGGUUGCGGCUUUUGGGCCCCAGGAUGGAGGGUGUGGCUCUUCUUCAUGCGAGGCAUCACCCCACUAUUGGAGAGGUGGCUUGGAAACCUGCUGUCGCGUCAGUUCGAAGGUCGUCACUCGAAGGGCGUGGCCAAGACGGUGACCAAGCAGAGGGUGGAGUCUCAUUUCGAUCUGGAGUUGAGGGCUUCCGUUAUGCACGACAUAGUCGACAUGAUGCCUGAAGGUAUCAAGCAGAAUAAGGCGAGGACGAUACUGCAACAUUUGUCUGAAGCUUGGAGAUGUUGGAAGGCGAAUAUUCCGUGGAAAGUACCCGGAUUGCCGAUUCCAAUAGAAAAUAUGAUCCUUCGUUACGUGAAGAUGAAGGCCGAUUGGUGGACAAACACAGCCCACUACAACAGGGAGAGAAUACGUCGUGGUGCCACAGUGGACAAGACUGUCUGUAAGAAGAACCUGGGCAGGCUCACCAGGUUGUACCUGAAGGCCGAACAAGAACGUCAGCACAACUACCUUAAAGAUGGACCAUACAUCUCUCCCGAAGAAGCCGUAGCUAUAUACACGACCACGGUCCAUUGGUUGGAAUCCAGGAGGUUCGCACCUAUACCAUUCCCGCCUUUGUCGUACAAACACGACACCAAACUCUUAAUCUUAGCCUUGGAGAGAUUAAAAGAGGCGUACAGCGUCAAAUCCAGGCUCAACCAAAGCCAGAGGGAGGAGCUCGGUCUUAUUGAACAGGCCUACGAUAACCCUCACGAGGCGUUGUCCAGGAUUAAGCGUCAUCUGUUGACGCAGCGUGCCUUCAAAGAGGUGGGAAUUGAAUUUAUGGACCUCUACAGUCAUCUGAUACCAGUGUACGAUGUUGUGCCAUUGGAAAAAAUAACUGACGCUUAUUUGGAUCAGUACCUUUGGUACGAAGCCGACAAACGUAGGCUGUUCCCUCCAUGGAUCAAACCUGCUGAUACCGAACCACCGCCGUUGUUGGUUUACAAAUGGUGUCAAGGUAUAAAUAAUUUAGCAGAAGUUUGGGACGUGGGCGAAGGCGAAUGCAACGUCCUGCUCGAAUCCAAAUUCGAAAAGCUGUACGAGAAAAUAGAUUUAACCCUUUUGAACAGACUGCUACGUCUGGUGGUCGACCACAACAUAGCCGAUUAUAUGACGGCCAAAAACAACGUGGUCAUCAACUACAAGGACAUGAACCACACCAACAGUUACGGGGUGAUCAGGGGACUCCAGUUCGCUUCGUUCAUCACCCAGUACUACGGUCUGGUGUUGGACCUGUUGGUGCUGGGUCUGCAGAGAGCCAGCGAGAUGGCGGGACCUCCGCAGAUGCCGAACGACUUCCUCACGUUCCAGGACGUACAGACCGAAACCUGUCAUCCCAUCAGGCUCUACUGUCGUUACGUCGAUAAGAUACACAUGUUCUUCCGAUUUUCAGCGGAAGAAGCUCGAGAUCUGAUCCAAAGAUACCUGACGGAACAUCCCGAUCCCAACAAUGAGAACAUCGUAGGUUAUAACAACAAAAAAUGCUGGCCAAGAGACGCAAGGAUGAGGCUGAUGAAACACGACGUGAAUUUGGGACGUGCUGUGUUCUGGGACAUCAAAAAUCGUCUGCCAAGAUCGGUUACCACCAUUCAGUGGGAAAACAGUUUCGUCAGCGUUUAUUCGAAAGACAAUCCCAAUUUAUUAUUCAACAUGUCCGGAUUUGAAUGCAGAAUUCUUCCUAAGUGUCGAACCCAACACGAAGAAUUCAAUCACCGAGACGGAGUAUGGAAUUUACAGCACGAAGGUAGCAAAGAAAGAACGGCUCAGUGUUUCUUGAGGGUAGAUGAUGAGUCAAUGGGGCGUUUCCAUAACAGAGUGAGACAGAUACUCAUGGCCUCCGGCUCAACCACAUUCACAAAGAUCGUGAACAAAUGGAACACGGCCCUAAUCGGUCUCAUGACCUAUUUCCGAGAAGCUGUUGUGAACACUCAAGAACUACUCGACCUGCUCGUGAAGUGCGAGAACAAGAUCCAAACUCGUAUAAAGAUCGGUUUGAACUCCAAGAUGCCUAGUCGUUUCCCGCCUGUGGUCUUUUACACCCCCAAGGAAUUGGGUGGGCUGGGUAUGUUGUCCAUGGGACACGUUCUCAUUCCUCAGUCCGACUUGAGGUGGUCCAAACAGACGGACGUAGGAAUCACCCAUUUCCGGUCCGGUAUGAGCCACGACGAAGACCAGCUCAUUCCCAACUUGUACCGUUACAUCCAGCCUUGGGAGUCCGAAUUCAUCGAUUCGCAGAGGGUGUGGGCGGAGUACGCCCUCAAAAGACAGGAGGCCAACGCCCAGAACAGAAGGCUGACUCUGGAAGAUCUGGAAGACUCCUGGGACAGGGGUAUACCCAGAAUCAACACCCUGUUCCAGAAGGACCGUCACACCCUGGCCUACGACAAAGGUUGGAGGAUCAGGACGGAAUUCAAACAGUACCAGGUGUUGAAGCAGAAUCCCUUCUGGUGGACGCAUCAGAGACACGACGGCAAACUUUGGAACCUCAACAACUACAGAACCGACAUGAUUCAGGCCUUGGGCGGUGUCGAGGGAAUUCUUGAACACACACUCUUCAAAGGAACGUAUUUCCCGACGUGGGAAGGUCUCUUCUGGGAGAAGGCUUCGGGUUUCGAGGAGUCCAUGAAGUACAAGAAGUUGACCAACGCCCAAAGAUCCGGUCUGAACCAAAUUCCCAACCGUCGUUUCACCUUGUGGUGGUCGCCCACUAUAAACAGAGCCAAUGUAUACGUUGGUUUCCAGGUGCAACUCGAUCUUACCGGUAUUUUCAUGCACGGUAAAAUUCCGACAUUGAAGAUUUCCCUCAUCCAGAUUUUCAGGGCUCACUUGUGGCAGAAGGUGCACGAGUCUAUCGUCAUGGACUUGUGUCAGGUGUUCGAUCAAGAACUCGACGCCCUAGAAAUCGAGACGGUGCAAAAGGAAACUAUCCAUCCCAGGAAGUCUUACAAGAUGAAUUCUUCCUGCGCUGACAUCUUACUCUUCUCGGCCUACAAGUGGAACGUUUCCAGACCUUCCCUACUUGCCGAUACCAAAGACACAAUGGACAACACGACAACACAGAAAUAUUGGAUCGAUGUUCAGCUCAGAUGGGGUGACUACGAUUCUCACGAUGUGGAGCGUUACGCCAGGGCUAAGUUCCUCGAUUACACCACGGACAACAUGUCCAUAUACCCCUCACCGACUGGAGUGCUGAUCGCUAUCGAUCUAGCCUAUAACCUGCACAGCGCCUACGGAAAUUGGUACCCGGGUUGCAAGCCACUCAUCCAGCAGGCCAUGGCCAAGAUAAUGAAGGCCAACCCGGCCCUCUACGUGUUGAGGGAACGUAUAAGGAAGGCCCUGCAGCUGUAUUCCAGCGAACCCACCGAACCCUACCUGUCCAGUCAGAAUUACGGAGAGCUGUUCUCCAACCAGAUCAUCUGGUUCGUCGACGACACCAACGUGUACCGUGUCACCAUCCACAAGACGUUCGAGGGUAACUUGACCACCAAGCCCAUCAACGGCGCCAUCUUCAUAUUCAACCCUAGGACCGGUCAGCUGUUCCUGAAGAUCAUCCACACCUCGGUGUGGGCCGGUCAGAAACGUCUCGGUCAGUUGGCCAAGUGGAAGACCGCGGAAGAAGUGGCGGCCUUGAUCAGAUCCCUGCCGGUGGAGGAGCAGCCCAAACAGAUCAUCGUUACUAGGAAGGGAAUGUUGGAUCCCCUCGAGGUGCAUCUUCUCGACUUCCCUAACAUAGUCAUCAAGGGUUCGGAGCUGCAGUUGCCCUUCCAGGCUUGUCUCAAGAUCGAGAAGUUCGGCGAUCUUAUAUUGAAGGCGACGGAGCCUCAGAUGGUGCUAUUCAAUCUGUACGAUGAUUGGUUGAAAACUAUAUCUUCAUAUACGGCAUUCUCGAGGCUGAUCCUGAUAUUGAGAGCUUUGCACGUAAACACCGAAAGAACAAAGGUCAUUCUGAAACCCGACAAAACCACCAUAACCGAGCCUCAUCACAUCUGGCCAACGUUGUCUGACGACGAAUGGAUCAAGGUUGAGGUUCAACUCAAGGAUUUGAUCCUUGCCGAUUACGGAAAGAAGAACAACGUAAACGUAGCGUCGCUGACACAAUCAGAAAUCCGUGACAUCAUCCUGGGUAUGGAAAUCAGCGCGCCGUCCGCCCAGAGGCAACAGAUAGCCGAAAUCGAGAAGCAAACGAAGGAGCAGUCCCAGUUGACUGCCACGACCACGAGGACGGUGAACAAACACGGAGACGAAAUCAUUACCAGCACGACGAGCAACUACGAGACUCAAACGUUCAGCUCGAAGACCGAAUGGAGAGUCAGGGCUAUCUCGGCGACCAACUUGCAUCUCAGGACGAACCACAUCUACGUCAGUUCGGACGACAUCAAGGAGACCGGAUACACUUACAUCCUUCCCAAGAACGUGCUCAAGAAGUUCGUUACCAUCUCGGAUUUGAGGGCACAGAUAUGCGCCUUCCUAUAUGGAGUCAGCCCUCCAGACAACCCCCAGGUCAAAGAGCUCCGAUGCCUUGUACUGCCACCGCAAUGGGGUACCCAUCAAACGGUGCACAUACCGAACCUGCCUCCGAACCACCCGUUCCUCAAAGACAUGGAACCCUUGGGAUGGAUCCACACUCAGCCCAAUGAGUUGCCCCAACUGUCGCCUCAAGAUAUCACCACCCACGCCAAACUGAUGGCCGACAACCCUAACUGGGACGGCGAGAAGACCAUAAUAAUCACUUGUUCCUUCACCCCAGGUUCUUGCUCUCUGACCGCCUAUAAGUUGACUCCUUCGGGUUACGAAUGGGGCAGACAGAAUACUGAUAAGGGUAACAACCCCAAGGGGUAUCUGCCGAGUCACUACGAGAAGGUUCAGAUGCUGCUAUCAGAUAGGUUCCUGGGAUUCUUCAUGGUUCCGUCUCAGGGAUCGUGGAAUUAUAAUUUCAUGGGUGUUCGUCACGAUCCUAGUAUGAAAUACGAACUGCAGUUGGCCAAUCCGAAAGAGUUCUACCACGAGGUGCACAGACCGGCCCAUUUCUUGAAUUUCUCAUCUCUGGAGGAUGGAGAUGGUUCUGGAGCAGACAGAGAAGAUGCGUUUGCAUAGAGCCUUUUUUUUGAGGGUAAAUAAUUGUGACUGUACAGUUAAUUUUAAGUUUUAUUCUAUAGUUUCGUUAAUUUCACUUUUGUAAUCUGAUGUUAAUGAUCAUUGUCCUAUCAACUUUGGAUUAGUUGUUUUCAAUUCUAUGUAAUAUAAUAUUUUGGAUUUCA